GUUGGGACAUUUUCUUUGGCAUUUGAUAGAGUAUAUAAACUCCACUGCCGGAGAAACUUCAUCAGUUCAUCAUAUCUGAAAAUCUGAGAUCAGAAACCUGAACAGAAGCUUUGUGAAGAUGACAAAACUGAUCGUGUGUGUCUCCUUGACGCUGCUGCUGCUGGUGGCGCUCACUGAGAGCAGUCCCUUUUGCUGCACAGAGUACCAGGAAGAACCAGUCUCAGUGAAAGUACUUAAAGAAUACAAAAUGCAGGACAUCACACAUUACUGCAACAUCAAGGCAGCAAUUUUCAAGACAGUGAAAAGACGAUUUUUCUGUGCCAAUCCUGACAAAAAGUGGGUGAAAGAUGCCAUGAAGGCUGUACCAGAAAGAGUCUGAACAGCAUCUUCACUCAUGGAGCGCACCUGAAGAAUCCAAACUGACAGACACCUUUUACACAGAUUCAUUUUAUGUAUUAUUUUAAAGCUAAUUCACCAAAUAUUUUUGUACUUUAAAG